UCUUUGUCAGUGGGCAAACGUACAAAAUCAGCAGGGGAUCGAAUACUUUUUUCCCUCACUGUAUCAAUAAUCAUAUCCAUCGCCACUUAUGUUAGCCAUAGCCGAAUGACCAGCUGAGUCCGCUGACCACUGCACCAUCGCUCUGCCCUCCCAAGUUCAUCAAAAUAGAAUAUGCAAUUCAACCAAUACACUAUCGCGCUGCACUGCAUUUCCCACUUCAACAUGAAAAAACAUCUCAUUUUAGAACAUCCCCUGGCUCGUGCAAAAAGAGCGUCUGUGGCUCGACAUGCCAGCGAUGGGAGAAAGAACGUGCUUUUGUGACGGAUGCGGAUUGUUCAUCUCCCUAACCUUGGCUGCCUCCUUUUGAAACUGCAUGGCCAUGUCGCUUUAAAUGCGUUUUUGUCUGUCUCAAGAUGAAUACCUAACCAGUGUGCGCAGCACACUUGGGGUGCAUAAGACAUUCACACGCACAUUGGGGGCUGUGUCGUGUGUGUGUGUCUCAUUCUUCUCCUCUCCGCAGCUCGCCAGGUGCUGUUUUGAAUUUUACACGGACGUAGGGGGGUAUACAAUAACGGAGUGCGAACGCUUGCACGCGUUCGUCUGAUCUCAACACACAUGGCUGUUGCCGUCCGCUUGAUUCCAGCGUCCCCACAGGAAAGGGUUUGGUCGCUGCUGCUUCUGGUACUGGUGGUGGCACUCUAAAACUAACACUGGCCACCCUCCCCAUGCGCACUUCACUGCGCGCGGGCCUGUUGUAUGAACUGCUCGGUAGGCAAAGAGCCAAGACCGUCGGAGAAGCAUAUCAAAAUGUGUCAUCAUUAUUAUUAUUAUUGUUGUUGUUGAGAUGUUUAUUUCUAUCAUCCUUGAAUAGGCCACGCCAUAGACAGCAUUGUUGCGAAUUGUUAUAGCUCACAAGGGAUGAAUCGUGUGUUCGUGGCAAUAGUUGACAUCUUUAAUUUUCUCACAUGACACAUUGUUUAGCUGUUAUAUAUUGGAUGUGGAAAGGGGGGAACUGUAGGUGGCUGAGCCCCCCACGUCCGCUGAGAUCUUAGACCACACCCCUUCCCCCAUCUUAAUUCUUAUAGUCAACAUUCAUGAAGUGUGUUUAACAUUGACUGCGCCUUGCCCUCCCCUGAGAUUGUGUGUGCCCUCACCUUUAACCAAGGUCACGCUUAAAGGCCUGCCUACAAUGAGCCUUGGUCUUGCAGACAAUAGACGAAUUUUUUUCCAAGUCUCAAGUUUAUGUGCACUUAAAUAUAUACAUGCAUGCCCAAACACACAUGCCCACAUGUAAUAUAUAUGUUGCACAUGUUAUUGGUGUACUGUAUUCAGUAAAUAAGAGUUUGUCUAUGUAUUCGGAAGGAAUGUUUUUAUUCUUGACGACGCAGGUUCCGUGCUUGCUAUGUUUGGGACACGGCGGCGGUUGUGCCUUUGCAUGUUUGUUUGACCCCUGGCAAGGUGUAAUGUACUGCAUGUUUUAUGUCAUGCUGGACACGAUCGCGUGUCGGGUAUUGUGUUCCUGCUAAAAAAUAAUGUCUCGCUUAUGCACGCACACUGCAUGUUCUGGGCCCAGGGUAGGUAUAAGUACAACCGUCUAACACAUGCGGUGAUGUAAAAUUCAUGAUCGUUCCAAUAAAUCAUGAUCUGUUUGCCAUGCAAAGUAGAUGGGGAUUUAAGAAUGUAAUUACAUUGGUGGCCAUCAAUCUGAUCCUAUCAUUGAAACUCAUUUGGUCUUCCUUCUUAUUUUUAAAGCUCUGAUUGGGAAAGAUUUUCAUUUUUUAGAUUUACGGUUUGCAGUUACAGUGGGCGUCUUGAAUCGCACAUCUCUAAGAUUUUCAAGGAUUUUAAUUCAGGUGGAGGGCAAAGGAUGUAAUGUUAUUCCAUAGCCUAAGAACAAACAGAAAGCUUGCAUUGGUCAGGGAGGUCUUUCUACUUCGGUUGGAUAAGAAAACGGCUGGUGCACGCAACUAAUUCCGAUUUCGUUUGACCGUCAAAUGCGGCAUUUAAUCAAACGGGCUGCGGGCAAAACAAGAGGAAUGGCGGAGCAUUUUUUUAAAAUUGCCCUUUCAACUACAUCACUCAUGAUGCACUGCAUAUCUAUGCCGCAGGGGAGCACGAAGAGUGACUUUGAAUGAAUGACGCACAGAAUGUGAUUGUGGUCAAAAGGCCUCUGCAAUAUUACAGUCCAUGUCCUGAUGUUGCCCGUUUCAGGUGAUUUGUCGUGGACAAACGCAAUCAGCGUUUGUCAAGAUCCACGAACGUGAAUUGCGCGCGUCAUUGGCAUCUUUUUUUAACUGCAGCCAAAAGCAAAUGCACGCGAGUUGCAACCGUCAAAAGAUUUUUUCCCAGCAGCCCCAGUUACAGUUUCAUACAUUCAGUUAUGAGCACCGAAGCACAUUUAUCCCCUGAACGUCACCUCGCGUGUCCACCGUCGCGCUGGCUCCAGGCAGCGCUGACGAACGCGUGUGGGCCAGGCGAGUUUUAUGGCCAGGCGAGGCGUUUCCCAGCUGCGUGAUGCACGCUGUGUGCGAAGUCUCUUCCUUUAAUGUCGCGUCUCGGUUUCACAAAACGCAGCAGCAGUAAUUGUCUGCCGUAAUGUUGGCCGCCAGCCCCACAUGAUCGCAAAAGCGUGCGGUCCUCACGGCGGUUUUUUUUUGCUGGUCUCCGGAAUGAUAUUUGUAACUCUUUAAUUAAACAUUCAUAAAGUAGGCAUUUACUUGUGCCCUGGAUGCAGAGGAUUGACAACCCAAUGAGCAGACAGUGACGAAUUAGCUUUGCCUGUAUUGAUUUAAGCCGAGGCGCUCUGUCGAUGGUGGCGGUGGUUUGUGGCGGUGGUAUUAGCGGAGGAAAUGUUUUAAAACGCCUUAUAAUCGCGUGACAGCGGAACGUUCUUGCACGUAUAACACAACGGCCCCUCCAGUUAUAAUGCGUCACAGCUUUCCUUACAGCUGCCUUCCUCGGCUGUUCAUUCAUUUCACGUCGCUGGAGUGGCCUGCCUGGCCCUCAGCCGGCUCCCCCCCCCCUCCCCCCCCUGGGGGGGGGGGGUAGAGAGGCGAGAGGAGAGAGAAUGUGGGCUACCACUGGGCCCCUCUUACAUCCCCGUGCCAGAGAGAACUUCAGAGGGGCUGUAAAUAAACCCUCUUUUUACUACCCAGCGCUCUCUCUGAUCUUCCUCCCUCACAAAAGGGGGGGAAAAAGGAACCGAGCCCCCACUCCAGGAUACGAGGCAUAUGGUGACGGGUGAAACAUCGCACAGUUUGAGUCAGGAGGCUGUGCUUUCAGGGACGGUCCCCCCCCCCCCCUCCCCUCCCUCCUCCUCCUUCCCACCUCCACAUCAUGCUGCGAUCAUAUUCUGAUAUUUUAACAACUCAUUACGACAGCAAUGGUUGUUGCCGUAAGAGCAGGAGAAGGGGGGGGGGGGAGAUGAGAUCUGAAAGUUGUGGUGGUUCUCGUGCCCAGUCUGAGGCUUGUGGCUGUUCAACCCACGGAAGUUGCCGAAGCAGCUGCACAUUAGCAAGGCACAUAAUCGUCUCGUUUUGCACCUCGUGAGUGCAAAACGAAGCAACGCAUGCGAGAUGUGUGCAGAACGCUACGCCCCGCCGAACAGGUCCUGUGGAAAAGAGCUUUACAGCUCAUCGGAUUCCUCCAAUAUAAAUAAAUAUUCUGAUUCUGAGCCACCCCCCCCCCCCCCCCCAGUAUUGAACGUAUACAAAUGCUUACAGACGCUCGCUGUGGACAACGAGUUGGCCAGCUGCCCCUCGCUGCCAUGGGUGUUUGGGUGGCUGCGAGCCUUGGUGAGGUUUGUUCGCUUCCCGAGCAGUGCGGAUAGCGCAGCUAAGCGGAGCUGUGGAGGAGCGGGGGGUGGGGGUUACGCGUUAGAUGGGGGAGGCGAGUAGAGGUGGCGGAGGGACUGCGUGGGCAGAUACAACGAUGGGGCCGCGACCGGGAAGGCCGGUGGCCCAGGCCCAACACAAACAAGACGGCCACGGAGCAAGCGGAGCUCUGUAUUCCGUAGAGACGGGGCCAGUGGCGGCACAUGGGUGCCCGUGGGAGGCCCCCGGCGGGCCCUGUUCCUCCCUGAGAGUGGGUCUUGCUGGCCACAUGCAGCCUCUUGAUUCAAUUACGUGCCUCGUCCACAUUCAGCUCGAAUUCGGAGAAACCCAUGCAAUUAGAUGGAUCACAAAGGGGAAUGUUAAAAUGAUCUUCGUUUACACGUGGUUGCAUGCGAAGUGUCGUCGUGACAGUCUGGAACAAUGUCGCGUCAGCUGCGAGGAUUCAGAAGUACAAAUAGCAAGUAAAGAAUGGGCGGUGUUUAUCUUGUGAUGCAUCGGCCAGCAAAGAGAUGGCCUUUCUUUUAGUGGGGCCUUUAUCCUGCAUGUGGUCUUUAAGCGGUGUAUAAUUACAUACAUUUGGGUGGGUAUCCCACCACACUGUAAGGCAUUAACAUUGGCGUCAUUGUCAUAAUUGCAUAAAAUGUGUUUGUUAUAUAGUCUGCACAUUAAUGUUCUUUAGAGAUUGUUUUGUUUUUCAGAAUGUAAAAAGAAUGCCACUUCUCGAGAUACACACAACUAUCUCACAAUCUGGUACUCACAAUAAAUAAAGAAGUGUCCGUUGAAAAAAAUAAAAAAUAAAAAAAACUUGCUUUUAUUUGACAACUAAAAAAAUGCUGACAUCAACGUAAAACCUCACGGGAAUUUUCUCCGAAAGACGACGGCCUGGGUGAGCGACUGACCGCCUCCUACCGCUGUGGUUUUACCCCUCAGCCAUCGAUACGCAGAGCAGCAGCAGCGGCUCGGAGGAGCUACUGCCCAGCCCCCCCUCGCCGCCUCCGCCCCCACGCACCUACAAGCCAUGCUUCGUGUGUCAGGACAAGUCCUCCGGCUACCACUACGGAGUGAGCUCUUGCGAGGGAUGCAAGGGUUUUUUUCGCAGAAGCAUCCAAAAAAACAUGGUGUACACUUGCCACCGGGACAAGAGCUGCAUAAUAAACAAGAGCACGCGCAACCGUUGCCAGUACUGCCGCUUGCAGAAGUGUUUCGAAGUCGGCAUGUCAAAGGAGGCGGUGAGAAACGACCGCAACAAAAAACGCAAGGAGGUGGUGGCGCGUAGCCCGGAGAUCGUCCCCCGCAGCUACGAGCUGAGCCCCGAGCAGGAGCAGAUGGUCGACAAGAUCCGCUGUGCCCACCAGGAGACCUUCCCGUCACUGUGCCAGCUUGGCAAGUACACGACGAACUCGUGCGCCGACCACCGCGUGCAGCUGGACCUGGGCCUGUGGGACAAGUUCAGCGAGCUCUCCACCAAGUGCAUCGUCAAGAUCGUGGAGUUUGCCAAGCGUAUGCCGGGCUUCCCCAGCCUCACCAUCGCCGACCAGAUCACGCUGCUCAAGGCCGCCUGCCUCGACAUUCUGAUCCUGCGCAUCUGUUCGCGCUACACGCCCGAGCAGGACACGAUGACAUUCUCGGAUGGGCUGACGCUCAACCGCACGCAAAUGCACAAUGCGGGCUUCGGUCCGCUCACCGACCUCGUGUUCGCAUUUGCGAGCCAGCUGCUGCCCCUGGAGAUGGACGACACGGAAGCCGGGCUGCUCAGUGCCAUCUGCCUCAUCUGUGGAGACCGGCAGGACCUCGAGGAGCCACAGAAGGUCGAGCGGCUGCAGGAGCCGCUGCUCGAGGCCCUCAAGUUGUAUGUGCGGCGGCGCCGGCCCAGCAAGCCCCACAUGUUCCCCAAGAUCCUCAUGAAGAUCACCGACCUCCGCGGAAUCAGCGCCAAAGGAUCUGAGCGGGUCAUCACUCUCAAGAUGGAGAUACCUGGCUCCAUGCCUCCGCUCAUCCAGGAAAUGCUGGAGAACUCAAUUGAGGGGCAGGAGGAUCCCCCUGCCGAGACAGAAGAACCCACGAAGGCCAACGGCGGCACGGGCAGCAGUGCAGGUGGUGGCGAUGGGGGCGAUAGCACCGCGGUUGCGGCUGUAGCGCCAGCCUCAGCGACGGUGGGCGGAGGAGCCAAGCCCUGUGGCGGAGACGCACCGGUGGCGAACGUCCAGGGAUCCUCGGGGACGCUGGAAGCUGCGGCCUGCAUGGCCGUGCCCAUCGGUCAGAUGCAGCUCGCCGAUCCGUUCUGAGGCCGCUGUGUGCCGCAUGUCGCUGGGCUGCAGGAUUGUUCCACUUCUGAGAAGUCAGGGUCAAGAAGAUUGUAUGGCUGAACUGAGUAAAAAAAAGAAAUGAAUAUGUAUAUAGUGUUAAAUAUUUUACUUUACACGACAGUAUUGUACAUACAGGGAGGUAUACAUGACGAUGAAGAAAGAACACCAGUGCAAUCAAGACAGACACUACAAGACCUUACUGAACAUGUCGAAAAAAAAUACGUACCAAAUUUUUACAGCUCGCACUAAUAUAUAUGCAUUAAAAAAUGUAUACAACGACUGCUGCUACAUUGCAUCGAUACCAUUUUACUGCUUCACCAAUCCUGCGCAGUGGAUGACAAAGUUGUAAAAUUAAAAAAAAUGGGACUAUCUUUUCACGUGUCACUGAAAGGAAAAUAAGAUCUCGACAUUUUGGCCUACUGGUCUACUUCAGAAAGACAUUUGUUUUUCUUGAUGAACAAGAAAGCGACGCGUCCAUGUUUCUGCUAAGUGGCCGUCUUUGGAUUACACUUACACUUCAUUUGAUUGAACUAAUGUAUGUAAGAACAGGGUAGGGUAAUUUGUGGGAAGGCGUUUACAGAGGGUUGAACUUUCAAACGCCAUGAAAUAACAAAAUCUAAUUUCUAAGCCUUUAGGAAUAAAAUAUAUGAAAUCAAUACUACAAGUGGAUUUUAGCUUGUUUGAGAGAUUUGUAAAAUGCCACUAAAAGCACUGUAGAGCUUCUUUUAAAGAAAUAUAAACACAAAUUUCAGUAUUCAUUUACGUCCUGCUAUAAUGUGUAUUACGUCUGUUUCUUUUUAUUUUUUUACAUAUUUCAAAAGCUGUAUUAUAUUCAUGGCAGAAUAGAGUUCUUCACCCCACCCCUCAAUUCUCUUUUAAUAAAAUGAAAGAUGUACACACGCAUUGGUUGGAUACAUCUUCCGUGCAAUCAUCACUCAAGUUGAAAAUGGCAAAAUUCAGCAGUACGAUACUGAAAGUACUUACUGUGUUCAUUAUACAAGUCGGCAUGAGCUCACGAUAGCCUUCUUUCACUUAAUGUUACUGAAAUACAAAUGCCUAUGAAUUAACGUUUACUUACUGCAAUAUCUCAUAGAAGCAUAUUUUAUUUUUUCAUUAGCAUAUUUAUCAUUAAUGUCAUCUAAAUAUAAAUCAUUAGCAUUUGCAGAUGCCUUUAAAUGUACUCCGCUACUUUUCGUGGUGACAUACAAAUGCAGUUGUUUUGUAUCAAAUCAACGUCUAUUUUUCAUACUGUGAGAAUACAGUAAAUGAGUGUGUUUGUGUUAACGGAGCUUGUAUAUUGCCUGUACUGUUUGUAAAGCACGAAGGCAUGGCCUGAAGCACACAAGUUAGAACCCUCAAGGGAUUCGGUGCAAGUUCAGUAGACGAAGCAUUCAUACGAUUUUCACGCAAAACGGGUGGCUCAUUCCAUUAACACGUCACCGUGCAUUUAACAGAGUAGAGAAAGAUGAGCCCGUGGUCCUAUUCUAUAUAUUUUUUUCCUGUAACAUCAAAAGGAAACGUGUGGCAGAGAAAGUUAAACUGAAGCUAAAUUGUUCAUAACUUGUUAGCUACGAUUGUUUUUUCUUCAAAAUAUGGUUGUGCAAGGAGUCCAACAAGUCAAUGGCAUCGAAUUUGCACGCACAAUGAAAACCCAAAGUGUUUUGUCUGUGUUUUUUUAAUCUGGUUACGUACACUUUUCUGUAACCCAUGUUCAAGAGCACUGCUAAAUUAUUUUUCAAUGCCCAGACUGCAACCCAUGUUUAAAUAAACCAAGUUUUUACUGCUCUUUUUGUGCAUCUGUAAAAUUCAACUUGGAAUAGUAAAUAAAAUUAUUGUGUGCUA